CUCCCUUUGUUCGUGAGUAACAACAGUAGUUCCAUCAUUCCACCUGCUUCAUGCACUUGCUACAAAGAGAAGGAACGACCUUCAACGUGUACCACAACCAAAAUGGCAAAGUCGGACUUUUUGGUACUGAUCUUGAACCAGUGUCAAUCAUUCCGUGUUAUAGAGGCAAAGAAUUGUCUAGUCUUUGGACAACUCGGAAGCCAUACGCUAUCCAAUGUCUGCCAUGAUCUGUUAAAUAGCAUUACCGCCCAAGUCAAACGUGCGAGGACAUAUUGGAAGAGGAGAAAGGAGAUCAAAACUAGCUGCUCUAUGAAAUACUCCAAUUAGUGCAGCCCCAAGACUUCAUCAUUACAGAGUAGACAUAUAAGCUCAAGAGCAGAAAAGACAGAAACCAUUCAUUUGUAGCUGCGGUAGUCAGAGUUCGGGAGUGGGUUUCUGGUAUCUGAUGAAUAUGGAAGGUUUCCACGACACAUAUCACCAAGACAUGGAAGGAAUGGUCCAACAAGCCACAACCCACCCCACCUUUGAACUCGAUUCGGAAUUGCCAUCCUUGCUUGAUUUACUUUACCUGUUGUUCUGAUAUUACCCAGGUAAACUCAUCCGCAAAUUCCUCUGCGGAAGCUAGUUUCUACAUACUUAAUGAACGAGAACACUUCAAACAAUAUCCAUUUCACAAUCCAUACUUAGGUCAAUCGAGAAACGUCUCCAGCCCGCCACGUGAUAUCGUUCAUCAUGGCUGCUAAAUCCAAUGUGCUGCUUGUAGGCAGUGGAGGGGUUGGGACUAUGGCAGCGUAUAAUCUCGAAGCUGGAGGAUUAGCAACAGUUACUGCUGUUCUGCGGUCGAAUUUCAAAGCUGUGUCGGAAAAUGGUUUCACAAUCAACUCGGUAGAUCAUGGGACGGACAUCAAAGGUUGGAAGCCAGCAAACAUUCUCAAUACGGUCCCUACAGUGGGGCAAAAUACAAAACCCUACGACUUCAUCGUGGUGACGACCAAAAAUGUGGCAGAUGUCGGCCCAACAGUAGCCGAGAUCAUAGCUCCUGCAGUGACCGAGGGACACACUACUAUUGCUUUACUACAGAACGGUCUUAAUAUCGAGAAGCCAAUCAUUGCUGCCUUUCCAAAGAAUCCUGUCCUUUCCGGUGUUUCGCUCAUCGGAGCCACAGAGACAUCUCAUUCUCACAUAUUGCAUGACGAUCCCGAUGAGCUCAUCGUAAGCCCCUACGAGAACCCCAACAUUUCCAACGAAGUCUCCAUCGCCGCCGCCAAGAAAUUCGCCGAAAUUUACAGCGCAUCAGGCAAAGUAGACUGCGAGUACAACGACAAUGUAGGUUUCGUCAGGUGGCGGAAGCUAGUCUACAACGCAUGUUACAAUUCAGCAUGUGCUGUUGUCCGUAUGGACACGAGUCGAAUGAGGAUGUACAAGUUUCCAAUUGAAGAUGUAGUGAGGCCUCUAAUGGUUGAAAUAAUUGCCAUUGCGAAGGCCGCAGGUCAUAAUCUACCUGAGGGGAUUGCGGACAAGAUGAUCAAUGCUGAUCCAGAGUUCACUUUCUUCAAGCCGAGCAUGCAGCAGGACAUCGAGAAGGGGAACUUCAUCGAGUUCGAGAAUAUUGUGGGGGAGCCACUGAGGGAGGCAGAGCGAUUAGGGGUUGCAGCACCGAACUUGAGAAUGAUUUAUGGGUUGCUCAAGAUACUGCAGUAAGGUCGAAUUUCCUUGCCUUUUGACUAUGCGAGAUGCCUCGAGAACGCAGAGGGCUUCAUCCGAAUUCCUCUCUUGUAUGAAAAGGAUUGCUGACUUUCGUUCCUCUUGCUUAGAUGGAAAAAUAUGGAGAUAAAGGGUCUGGUGAAAUUACCCGUCUCGCUGCCAGAAUCAUGAUAUUGUCACGACCGCUCAGGACUAGCAUGGAUAUCUGCAGUUAUGAUAGAAUGUUGGGUCUUCGACUGGCAAAUAUGAAUGAUAUUCCGGGAGGGUGAGGAAAGAAGGGAGUGUGAAUGUUGCAAAACGUGCUCGAUUGGCUGUUCUUGAUUGCAUAACCCUGUGGAGCUCCGCUGAUAAACAAUAAGCCGUUGCUGCUCGGACUGGCUGUCUCGUCUCACGGCUCACUCAUACCGCAGAAAAUGGACCUUAUAGACCGGAUAUUGACUUCUUACAAGCAAUAAGGCAUGUGCACUGGAAAUUUGCUGGCCCAGAGGU